AUGACAGGAGGACAAGGUCUUCAAGCGCACCCAAUCACCACUUUGGACGCUAUCCGCACCAAGCUGCAGAGCACAUCCGACCCUCAUUUACAAGCUCGUUUACUACUCCAAUAUAGCUCUACGGCGGCCUCGCCAGGGUGCAGAACUGCAGCUGCUAUUGAUUUUCUCUUUUCCUUUUUACAGCAGCAUCAGACGCAAUCGGAGGCACCGAACGAGAGGAAGCAAGCGAGCAAGAGUGGAGCGAUCGUGGUGGGUGCUACAGUACGUGGACUGAGACAGCUUUUGGCUGUCAAGUCUGCCGUGGUGGAACCCAUGAUCCAGGUGGACGCUAUGGCCGAGCAGCUUAUGCAGUGCAUGAGUGUGGGCGAAGAUUUUAAACUCCGUCGAGACAUGAUGUGCAUUGUCGUCGACUGUCUUCUGCUCACACGUAAGUACAAGCAGGUGGAGGCACUGCUACACACGUGUGUGCAAGACCACGACAGUGGUCUACAGGUCAUCUGCUUGCGUGGGUACCUACGAUUACUUGACGCUGGACAGCGCUUCUGUGCUGUUGAGCCGCAUUUGGCUACGAAGAUGUCAGACGUUGUCGUGGAACACUUCGACCGAUUGUUGGGUUUCGUACUGUUUGGACAGAGCGACGAGGUGAAAGUGCUGGCGGCUCAAGUGAUGGUGACGCUGGCGGAUCUGUACCCGCAACAUGACGUUGCUAGUAGUAAGGCAUUCCCAUCGUUGCCAGCUAUAGUGAAGACAAAGAUGCCAUCAUCAUUACCGGAGAAAGUGUUUUAUGUGUUGUGCUUAGCUGGAAAUGAUUCGUCGGACACGGUGCGGUCUGAAGUUGCAAGGUGUUUACGGCGUUUUGAGAGGGUGCUUGCGAGCGAGAUUGUGGAACAUGCCGUGAUGAAGUCGCAGAUUACUGAAUCGGUGGAGGAUGCCGCACCUGAAGAUGUGGAGAAGGAUACGCGUCAUAUGAUGUCCAGUGGCGUGCUGCUUUCACUUUUGGAGGAUGUUGACGCGAAUGUAGCCGCAGAAGCCUCGCGUUCUAUUGCUCGGUUGGGUGAAAUGGCGACCACCCCUAAUGCUGGUGCUGGGCAGUGGAGCCUACGAGCGAUUGAGCGGGCAAUUACGGCUCAUUUUGACGUUCUACCGCGUGCAAAGGUACCAAGCGCUGUGCAGCUGCGUUAUGUGCUAGUAAACUCGUUGAGUCGCCUGCUAGCAUGUCGGCAGAGUCUCGGUACUGCUACGGAUUUUACUAUUUCCAGCACCGAGAUGAGUUGCUUGGUUCGCAGUGCUAUCUCAGGUGCAGACUCUGUUAAUGCUGUGGUGGUUGAAGCUUUGCUCAUAUUUCGAGGGUGUGAUUUGUCAAGUGUGUGGGCGGUCCGGUGUCUUGUCAACUUCAUACUGGAGCUAGGAGCUUUGCCCCUGAUCGACCAUUCUUUCAGCAACUGUGGCAACGACGUUGGUACUGCCAACUGCUCGGACGAGCGACUUCUUGACGUUGUACAAGUACUCGGUAAGAAAUGUGCAAAAGUGUUUCGAACUGAUGUCAUCUUGUCAGAUAGUGUUCGAGAUGCGGCGAGUACCCUGCUCGGUAGUAAGCGUCGUCUCCUAGGACGUAUGUGCCGAGCUUUGCUUGGCCACGCAGAACACUCAAAUGACGAAGCUUCACGGCUUACUGACGAGCCUGAGCCUGCCUUCGUCGGAUCUAGCUUGCUUUUUAGACAUCGUCAAUCCUCAGAGACAGUACACGUCACUUCGUGGAGUUCCUCGAUCAUAUCUGCGCAAGCGUUUUGUGCAAUGAAAAGCCUGCAAGUACCUCCAACGGACGAGAACGUUGCUGUUUAUCUCGGCGUGAUUCAGCGACUUCGCACAGCGGUAGCUGUAAAUGACCUUGAUGCUGCCUUUGGAAUUACACACGUCCUCGUACGCCUGCGUGAGCACGUGCGUUCGUUUCCGGAUGUAUCAGCCGCUCCAGUAUUGGCGACAAACAAGUAUGUAUCGAUGGAAGCUAUGCUUAGUACCAGCCCAUGUGUGAGCUCUGACCGCACCAAUGGUAGUAACGGAGGAAGUCGAGAUCAGACUGAAGCGCAAGCUUUCGGUCAUUUAAGCCUUUCAAUGGAGCUGCAAAGGGGAUGUCAAGAGAUUAUUGACGCUGCAUCGGAAGUAUAUGUCAAAGCUUUUGCUCUGUGUAUAGUGCUCCGCACAGAGCUGCUGCAGCUGAUCAUGCUUGGUCGCAUCGGUCUCGUGCUUGCCUCACUGCAAAGCUCUGGCGAUAGUGUUUUCAUCUCCGGUACGCUGCGGUGGAUAGCUAAAGAGGCAGCUCGGCUGCGUUUCCUUGUUCACGAUAAUCAGGUUCAUGACAGUGUUUGGUUACCAAUCGAAUCGUUGUCGGAAGUCAGCUCGGUGAACGACCUGAAGCGUACCUUUGUCGAUAUCGCUCGGAAAGCGUGGCCGGUGGCGCUUAUCAACGCUGCAAUGUCCCGCUGUUCAUUUCCUUUGGACGGUUUUGGUGGCUGUUCCCAACGAUUAUGUAUUGUGGACGCCUCAAUUCUGGAACCGAGCACGUGUGCAAGUGCCAAGACCGAGCCGCGUGAAAUUACGGCAAAUUGGCCGUUUCAGCAGCGUGUACGUUUCUUGCUGACAAAUGUCCGCGACGUUACGCAAGUAUUCAUCAAAAGCAUGCUUCCUAAUGGCGAUGUGGAGCACCAUUAUGUGCCAGCAAAUUGCAUCCACAACCACGGACGGCGGAAAUACUUGGUCGAGCACACGAUCCGGCUUACGGUGUCGCCAUUUUCGGACCCGACUGCGUUUGUUGUGGCAGUGUGCAUCGGCCAUCCGACCUUGCCCGGCUGUGUAAAGCAAAAUACUUCUGGAUCGAGUGAGGCGAGUCCCCAGAUGUUUACAGAUAUAUCGGUCUCAGUUCGUGUCCCCAUUUUUCACCGCACAAGUCUUUUGUCAAGGCAGUCAGCCGCAAAAGCGUCGACCGCACCGUGA